AUGGGCGAGCUCAAGGACUGGAUGCCGCUGGUGAUUUUUGAUUUGGCCUGCGUCUUCCUCUACUCGGGGAUCAUCUUUGGAUGGGCGCCGCUCCACCAGAUGCUCGUCAAGGAGGGCUUUUACGCUGAGUUCUGCGAAGGCGAGGAAGUCCCAUGCGCCGCCAUGGAGAACAAGCUGAAUUCAGCCUUCACGCUCGCCUCGAGUGCGGUGUCGGUGAUCGCGCUGCCUGCGGGCUGGUUUGUCGACACCUUCGGCCCGAUGGCGGGAAUCAUGAUCGCGGGCGUCCUGCAAGUGAUUUCGCUCACCGGCAUUGGGCUCGUCCAGCAGCUCGGGGAUGUCGCCGGGUUUGACCUGUUCGCAGCGUCGCUCGUGAGCAUGUCGAUGGCCGGCGCGAUCACCAUGUUCUGUGGCUACACCGUCCCCUUCCUCUUCCCCAAGCAGGCCACGCUGCUCAUCGCCGCCACCUCGUGCCUCUUUGACGGCUCGUGCGUCAUCUUCGCCUUUUGGAAGCCCGUGUGGGGCACGGGCAUCGCCUUCUCAACCAUGUGGUUCGGAUACGCGGUGCUUGCCAUUUUCCUCUACAGCGGCCUGGCCUAUUUCUGGUACCAAGCAAGGGGCCUCUACGCGGAGUCGAAGGAGGGUGGCGGUGGCGAUGACGACAACCAAGUCAUUUCCCCCCUCGCGGCUCUGCCGCUCAACAAGCAGAUCUGCACCGGCGCAUUCCUGGCGGUGAUGCUCUACGCAGCCAUACAGGUCUCGCGCUCAAAUCUCUACCUCGGCACGGUUGAGCUCGUCGUCCACGCCGCAGCGACCUCCGGCAGCGCGCCGGCGUCCAAGGAGGCCUUUGUAACGAUGAUGGUCGGAUACAUCAUCCCGCUCGGCUUCCUCGUCGUGCCAUUGUUCGAGAUGUCGGUGCAGAAGCUGGGACUCAUCGGCACCUUCCACGUGCACCUCGCAGCCUCGUGCGUCUUUGCGGUCUUUCGCGCCUUCCUGUUCUCCAUAUUCUCGGCGUACGUCAUGGCCACGUUUGGCCCUGUCACCAUGGGGCGAAUCAUGGGCUGCUCGUUCAUCGCCGCAGCUGUGGUCAACCUCGUCCAAGCGCCGCUCGUCACGUGGACCAACGACGACCUCGGUGGUGACUUCACGCCAAUGCUGCUAAUCUCGCUGGGCGCGGCCGCGCUGAUGCCCUUGAUCUGGGUCGCUAUGCCGUCGGCAACGCCGCCCACAAAGAGCUCGCGGGACGAUUCCUUGAUGCCCUCUGUCGCGAAGGCUUCUCCACGAAGCAGCAUGAACAGCAUGGGGUCGAAACGGCUGUCAAAGAAGGCCGCCUCCUACCUUUGA